AUGAUGACCGUACGCGGGAUUUGGUCAGGACCUCAGUUUAAAAUGUUAAUGCUGCUGACCGUGACGGUAGUGUUGGCGUUGGUUGUGCCAUCCAACGAGGAACCGUACGGUGGCGGUGGUGGAUAUUUCGGAGCAGAAACACGAUGUCCGCGGCUAUGCGCGUGUACUGGCACGACAGUAGACUGUUCGCAUCGAGGAUUGACCCAGGUGCCCCGGAAGAUCCCAUCGGAGACCGAUAGACUGGAUCUGCAAGGCAAUAACAUCAGUGUCGUCUACGAGUCCGACUUGCAAGGAUUGGCGAAGCUGCGAAUACUGCAACUGACGGACAACCAUAUCUACACCAUUGAGAAGGAUGCUUUGCACGAUCUGAUAUCGCUGGAAAGAUUACGGCUUAAUAGCAAUCGCUUAAAAUCUAUACCAGAUAAUUUUUUAUCCAGUGCUGCUAAUUUAUUACGAUUGGAUCUGUCACACAAUGCACUUACCGCCGUACCGAAGCGCGCGUUCAAGGGAGCACCGGCACUGCGUAGUCUUCAGCUGGACAACAAUCAAAUCACCUGCCUGGAUGAAGGUGCCGUGAAAGGGUUGACGGAGUUGGAAAUACUAACCCUCAAUAACAAUAACAUCACCACGCUACCGCGCGACAUGUUUGCCGGCAUGCCACGCCUGCGAGCGCUGCGCCUUUCGGAAAACCCAUUUGCGUGCGAUUGUCAUCUUUCGUGGUUGGCCCGGUAUCUGAAGAAUGCAUCACGUCUGGCACCGUACACACGGUGCCAUUCGCCCGGCCAGCUUAAGGGACAGAAUGUGGCGGAUCUGCACGAGCAGGAUUUCAAAUGUUCCGGUUUAACGGAGAACGCCCCGAUGGAGUGCGGCGGCCGUAGCCUCUGCCCACAUCCUUGCCGCUGCGCCGACGGAAUAGUGGACUGUCGGGAGAAAAGUCUUACCACCGUCCCGACCACAUUGCCGGACGACACAACCGAGCUCCGGCUCGAGCAGAACUACAUCACCGAAAUUCCACCGAAAGCGUUCGCUAACCACCGGCGCCUUAAGCGGAUAGACUUGUCAAAUAACAAUAUUUCGCGAGUCGCCUACGAUGCCUUCAGUGGACUAAAGUCCUUAACGUCGCUUGUUCUUUAUGGUAAUAAAAUUAAGGAUUUACCGGCGAGCGUUUUCAAAGGAUUAACCUCACUCCAGCUGCUGCUGCUGAACGCAAACGAAAUCAGUUGCGUGCGAAGGGACGCUUUCAAGGAUCUGCAUAAUCUUAGCCUUUUGUCACUGUACGAUAACAACAUUCAGUCACUGGCCAACGGUACGUUCGACUCCCUGAGAAGCAUCCAAACGCUACAUUUGGCACGCAAUCCUUUCAUUUGCGAUUGCAAUCUUCGCUGGUUGGGCGAUUAUCUGCACCAGAAUCCCAUCGAAACGAGUGGGGCACGGUGCGACGCGCCGAAGCGUAUGCAACGCCGCCGGAUUGAAGCUUUGAAGGAUGAAAAGUUCAAAUGCACGGAUGAUUACAGCAAGAUCAAAUAUUCCGGCGAAUGUCGCAUGGAUCAGGAGUGCCCGGCGGCUUGCCAUUGCGAUCGUACCACGGUUGAUUGUUCCGGUCGGGGCUUGAAAGAAAUCCCGCGUGAUAUUCCUCUGUACACGACGGAACUAUUACUGAACGAUAACGAGCUUAAUCGCAUUAAGUCUGAUGGACUGUUCGGUCGGCUGCCAAAUCUUGCAAAGCUGGAUUUGCGAAGGAAUCAGAUAUCCGGUAUCGAGCCGAAUGCCUUCGAAGGUGCCACCAGAAUUCAGGAGCUGUUUUUGAGCGAAAACAAAAUCGCCGAAGUGCACAACAAGAUGUUUUUGGGACUCCACCAGCUGAAAACGCUAUCGCUUUACGAUAACAUUAUUACCUGCGUGAUGCCCGGUUCGUUCGACUACCUGACAUCACUGACACAGCUAAAUCUCGCCUCGAACCCAUUCCGUUGCAAUUGCCACCUUGCCUGGUUUUCGGACUGGUUGCGAAAGAAGCAACUGAACGGACCGCCGGCACGCUGCACCUCUCCGUCGAAGGUGCGCGACGUACCGAUCAAGGAUCUGCCACACUUUGACUUUAAGUGCUCCUCGGACAUGGAUCAGGGCUGUCUCGGUGAAGGGUACUGUCCACCGUCUUGCACCUGCACCGGUACGGUCGUCCGAUGCUCGCGUAACAAGCUGAAGGAAAUCCCCAAAUCCAUCCCGGCCGAAACGACGGAGCUGUAUCUGGAGUCGAACGAAAUCUCAAUGAUACACUCCAACCGUAUCAACCAUCUGAAGGCUCUUACGAGACUGGAUUUGAGCAACAACCAGAUCGGCAUUCUGUCCAACUAUACGUUUGCGAACCUUAGCAAACUCUCCACGCUCAUCAUAAGCUACAACAAUCUGCAAUGUGUGCAGAAGCAUGCGCUCUCCGGAUUAACCAAUUUGAAGGUGCUUUCGCUGCACGGCAACAAAAUAUCUAUGAUUCCCGAAGGAACGUUUAACGAUCUGCAAUCGAUAACACACAUUGCCCUUGGAAGUAAUCCACUGUACUGUGACUGUGCGCUUCGUUGGCUGUCCGAAUGGGUUAAGCGAGAUUACGUAGAACCAGGCAUUGCUCGUUGCGCCGAACCGGAACCGAUGAAGGAUAAGCUAAUCCUGUCGACACCAGCCGCCCAGUUCGUUUGCUCCGGCAAGGUUAGCAACGAGAUACUGUCCAAGUGCGAUGCGUGCUACACCUUCCCGUGCAAGAACGAAGCCGUGUGUAGUGCACUGCCGGAGCGCCAGUACGAGUGCAAGUGUAAACCGGGCUAUCACGGUACGCACUGUGAGUUUAUGAUAGAUGCGUGUUACGGCAAUCCAUGCCGUAACAACGGUACCUGUACGGUGCUGGAGGAGGGAAGAUUCAGCUGUCACUGUUUGCAUGGGUACUCCGGAUCCCGGUGUGAGGUUAACAUUGAUGACUGCGUGGAACACAAGUGUCAGAACAAUGGUACGUGCGUGGAUGGGGUAAAUUCGUACAGCUGUUCGUGUGCGGCCAGCUUCACCGGGGAGUACUGCGAGAGCAAGAUUGAGUUCUGCGGCAAGGACUUUAAUCCGUGCCAGAAUGGAGCGAAGUGUGUCGAUCAUACGACACACUACUCGUGCGAAUGUUUGCCCGGCUAUCGUGGGCUUAACUGUUCGGAUAACAUAGACGAUUGCGUGAACCAUAUGUGUCAGAACGGUGGAAAGUGUGUGGAUGGCAUUAAUGAUUACACCUGCAAGUGUCCGAAUGAGUUUACGGGCAAGUUCUGCGAAGGUGCACCAAUGGUUGCAAUGAUGUACCCGCAGACAUCUCCCUGCCAGCAGCACGAGUGCAAGUUCGGUGUGUGCUUCCAGCCGAACCCUUCCAGCGCGGACUAUAUCUGCAAGUGUGCCCCGGGUUAUUCGGGCAAACGGUGUGAAUAUCUGACCAGCCUAACGUUCCUGCACAACAAUUCGUUCAUCGAGCUGGAACCGCUCCGUACCAAGCCGGAAGCGAACGUUACGAUCGUGUUCAGCAGCACACAGCAGAACGGUGUGCUGAUGUACGAUGGCCACAAUGAGCAUUUGGCGGUGGAACUGUUUAAUGGGCGCAUACGUGUGAGCUAUGACGUAGGCAACGAUCCCGUCUCCACGAUGUACAGCUUCGAAAUGGUCGCCGAUGGCAAAUAUCACAUGGUGGAGUUGCUGGCAAUUAAGAAAAACUUUACACUGCGAGUAGACCGUGGCCUGGCACGUUCCAUCAUCAACGAAGGUUCGAAGGAUUUUCUGAAGCUUUCGAGCCCGAUGUACCUGGGAGGUUUGCCGGCAGAGCCAGGCCAGCAAGCGUACAAACAGUGGCACCUCCGCAACCUGACCAGCUUCAAGGGCUGCAUGAAGGAAGUGUGGAUUAAUCACAAGCAGGUUGAUUUUCUAAAUGCCGCACGGCAGCAAAAGAUCACACCGGGCUGUGCGCUACUGGACCCGGAUAAUGAAGGCGAAAUGGAUGACGAUUUUAUGCAGGAAACACCGGUGAUCCUUAAAGAGGUAGUCAAUCCUUGCGAGAAUCAUCAAUGUAAGCGGGGAGGAAAGUGUGUGCCGAACGGUAAGGGUGGCUACACGUGCAAGUGUAAGAAGGGCACCAAGGGCAAAUACUGCGACCAAGGUGAGGGAUCGGUAUCGCUAGUGAUUUUAACAGCAGCCAACACUUGCCGCAAGGAGCAAGUGCGAGAGUACUACACAGAAAACGAUUGCCGUUCGAGGCAACCGCUCAAGUACGCGAAGUGCGUUGGCGGUUGCGGCAAUCAAUGCUGCGCAGCCAAAGUCGUACGCCGAAGAAAGGUACGCAUGGUGUGCAGCAACAACACCAAAUACGUGAAACAGCUGGAUAUUGUGCGAAAAUGCCACUGUACAAAGAAAUGCUACUGA